AUGAGCGGCAACGGCGCGAAGAAGGUGGUCGAUGUGGCGGUGAAGGCCGGCAAGGCGAUCGACUGGGACGGCAUGGCCAAGAUGCUCGUCUCCGAGGAAGCGCGCAAGGAGUUCGCCACCCUCCGCCGCACCUUUGAUGACGUCAACCACCAGCUCCAGACCAAGUUCUCCCAGGAACCCCAACCGAUUGAUUGGGAGUACUACAGAAAAGGAAUUGGAUCAAAAGUGGUGGAUAUGUACAAAGAGGCUUAUGAAAGCAUUGAGAUCCCGAAGUACGUCGACACAGUUACUCCCGUGUACAAGCCAAAGUUUGAUGCUCUGGUCGUUGAAUUGAAGGAGGCUGAGAAAGCGUCUCUGAAGGAGUCAGAAAGGAUAGAGAAGGAAAUUGCUGAACUCAAGGAAAUGAAGAAAAAGAUUAGUACAAUGACAGCAGAUGAGUACUUUGAGAAGCACCCUGAACUCAAGAAGAAAUUUGACGAUGAAAUCCGUAACGAUUACUGGGGAUAUUGA